AUGGCGGCAGCAAACAACCAAACGGCUUUUGAACUCGCCAUUGAAGCAUCCAGCAAAGGAAUCUCUGAAGUUCGUUCCGUUCUGUUGCAGAAUGGUCAAGCACAGCGAGGCAACAACAGCAAAUCAGCAGGUGCGCAGCGGAUCCAGGCUCUCUUGGCUCUGCAGAAGCAGGCGAAUGACGCUUUCAACGAAGUCAUUCAAGAGGAGUACGACAACCUCAAGCUUGCCCCAGAGGAAUCCUGCUUGAAGCAUGGUGAUAUUUGGAUCAACGGCAUUCUCCCCUUUGUUGGCAUGGGCCACUAUGCCUUUGUGGCACCUGUCUGCCACAAGAUGAAAGAUCUCUACACAACUUAUUGUGAAACUGAGAAGAAUCCUCCAUCUGAGAAGUCCUGGCCUAGCAAUCCAUCAGCACCCCUUACUGCAACAAUGGACACUGCAAUUUUCUCCAGUGUCGCUCGUGCACAGCAUUGGUUCACCCACCAUUAUGCUGGAGGUGGAAGGUUUGAGAGCUCUUCGAUUUGUGCUGCAGCCGCCAAAGUAGGAAAUGUUGCUGUUCUCCAUUGGGCCCGAUUGGGAUACAUCUGUGUGCAGAGCUGCUGCACAUGA